AUGUCUGACCUCGCCGUCUCCCCGGUGGAGCAGCCCGCCCUCAACACCUCUCUCACACGGCGUCACUUCCUCGAUGGCUGGGACGCCGCCGACUUUGAUGGCCUCAAGUACUCGUACGGCUUGACCGGCGUCGACCAAACAAUGAACUUCCUCUGGGUCGACGUCUUCCUGUACAUGCUCGUCUCCAUGGCCAUCGUGCUCCUAGGCCUGCGCGUGGCCAACAUGUGGUGGCGCCACAACCGUCACUUGACCGUCAUGGGCAAUCCGGCGCGCCAGGCGUAUUGGGCUACCAACCAGACCUCCUGGUGGCCCUGGCUCAACCGCCAUCUCUUGCAGGCACCGCUCUGGAAGAAGAAGCACAACGCGCAGUUCCAGAUCAGCAGCGCCAUCGACAACGGAACACUGCCUGGACGAUGGCACACAAUCAUGCUCGUCACCUACGUCGGUCUGAACAUUGCCUGGUGUGUCGCGCUGCCGUACAGCGUGUUGGACCACAAGGAAACCAUCGCCGCGCUCCGUGGCCGCAGUGGAACACUGGCCGCUCUGAACCUGAUCCCCACCAUCCUCUUCGCGCUCCGCAACAACCCCCUCAUCACUCUCCUCCAGGUUUCGUACGACGACUUCAACCUCUUCCACCGCUGGGCUGCACGCAUCACUAUCUUGGAGGCCAUUGUUCACACCAUCUCCUGGAUGUACAACACUGCCCAGGGUGGAGGCUGGCAGGCAGUCUCCAACGGUCUUGCUCACGAGGGCUCCUACGGCUGGGGCCUGGUCGGCACCAUCGCCUUUACCUUUCUCGGUAUCCAGGCCUGGUCGCCCUUCCGCCACGCUUUCUACGAGACCUUCCUCUCCAUCCACCGCCUCACGGUCAUCGCCGCUCUCAUCGGUCUCUACAAGCAUCUCGAGCUUCACCACCUGCCUCAGGUCCCCUGGAUGCACCUCGUGUUCUUCUUCUGGGGCGCUGAGUGGGUCUGCCGUCUCGCUACAACGACCUACUACGGUCUGUCUCUGAAGCAGAGGUCUCGCGUGCGCGUCGAGGCCAUGCCCGGUGAGGCUGUCCGCGUCACCAUCGACAUGGUCCGCGAAUGGACGCCGCGGCCCGGCUGCCACGUGCACAUUUGGAUGCCCUCAAUGGCCGGAUUCCACAGCCACCCCUUCUCCGUCGCGUGGGCGCCAACCCUGACGUCCGAGUCCAAGGAGAUGACACUACCCAUCCUCGAAGGCGAUGCCCUGAUGGCCCCCGGCGCACGCCAAAAGUCAAAACAGAUCUCCCUCAUCUGCCGUGCGCGAACCGGGCUGACGCGCAAGAUGUACGAGCGCGCAUGCAAAGCCCCCAACGAGACAUUCUCGACGUGGGGAUUCAUCGAGGGCCCCUACGGCGGCCACCACAGCCUCGAUUCCUACGGCACCCUCGUCCUGUUCGCGGGCGGCGUCGGCAUCACACACCAAGUCAUGUACAUGAAGCACCUGAUCAACGGCUUCCACCGCGGCACCACCGCAACCCAGAAAAUCGUGCUCAUCUGGACCGUCCCGGAUAGCGAGUGCCUCGAGUGGGUGCGUCCGUGGAUGGACGAGAUCCUGCGCAUGCCCGGACGCAAGCAGUGUCUGCGCAUCAAGCUGUUCAUCUCGCGGCCCAAGGGCCGCGUGGAGAGCAGCAGCGACACAGUCAAGAUGUUCGCCGGGCGGCCGAAGAUGGACACGCUGAUCGAAGAGGAGGUUCGCGGGCGCGUCGGCGCCAUGGCGGUGACUGUGUGCGCCUCCGGCGGCAUGGCGGACGGCGUGCGCGCCGCGGUACGGCCGUGGAUGACAGAGGGCUGUGUCGACUUCAUCGAGGAGGCCUUCACGUACUAG